GGUCGGCUGGCGGCGGCCGGUAAAAUGGCGGCGGCGUCUCAGUCCUGGCAGGGCUCGGGGAGCUUAGCCUCCCUGGGCGUUCCUCCUCACCCCCAGCGUUAUCAGGCGCUGCUCGGUGAGUCGGAGCCGUUUCAGCUCGUGUUGAAGUCGUUGGAGGGGUUGCCAUUCAGAGCGAGUUUAUUGGAGGGAGUGGCAGAUGUCCAGUGUCAGCUGCGAUUGAGCCUCUUUGAUAUUACGUACUCCCAUUUCUUUGGCAGAACUUGGAAGAGUUCUCCACAUCCCAUAAAGCAUACCCACGGUCAGCAAUCCAAAGUGUCAUUAAAUCAGGCUGUUUAUUUCCACACAUCCCUAAACUGUACCCACAUAGUGAUAGUUGUGGAGAUAGUGGCUAUUGCAAGGAAGCAUGAAGGAAAUGAACAGAUUCUCUCAUGUGGAUUUGGAAUUCUUCACCUACCAAACAGACAGAAGCUUGCAUCAGAUGCAGAUAGGAAUCAAAAAGCUAAAAGGUUAAACCUCUACCAUGGCACUCCAAGAGCAUUGUUGCAUCCAGCAUUAGAAGACCCUAUUGAGAGAAAUAAGUUUAUGACACUGAUUGAGGGCAGCACCAUCACUUACUCAUUAUCAGUUCAUCCUCCCCUGGUGGAAGUUCGUCACCUCGUCCCUGAAAACCUGUUGAUCUCAGGGUCAGAAACAAUUCCCGGUGUGGCUGCACCUUCUGGACAGACAAGUGAUGCUUUGAAGAAACCUCAUUUACUGAAGACUGUAACAUGUUUCUUGGAUAAGUUGUCGCUUCAGCUAUACCCAACAGUGGAAAAAUUUGAAGAGGAACUGGUGGAAUUGCUUAAUGCAGACAGGCUGUCUAAGAGUGAUCAAGUUGCUGAUGGAAGCACUGUUGUUAUUGAAGAGAGAAGGCUGCAUGUCGGUGUUCACAAUGGCUUGUGUUAUGUGCAGAAACCACAGGUGGUGGUUUUGAUUCCAGGGACAAUGCAAGGAAAAUCUGGGAAUAUUUCCAAAAGUUUGCUGAAGAAAUCUCUGAUUCUCAGAAGCCGUAUCCAGCUGGCAGAAAUGGUUAAGCACCAAUUCUUUGGUAUAGUUUUCCACUUGGAGUAUGUAUUCUGUACCUCCACAGGACAAAAAGGAACGAUGUCUUCUAGCACCUCCAUGGAUAAAACGGCAUAUAUGCAAACACUGAGAUGGGCUGUUUGGAAUCCAUUCAUGGGACCCUGCGCCUCUGAUGUAACAGUACCACUUCAGGGUGGACCUUCACCAAACCCAAGCAAUUUGCUGGUUUACAAAACUCCCUCCACAGAGAUGAGUUCAGAUGAGGUGAAACAGGUGGAAUCAGGUACUAUUACCUUUCACUUUUCAUGCCGUGGAGAUAGGCGUGCGAGCCUUGGUUCUGAACAGCUAGCAAAUAUGCCUGAGAAAAAAUCCCAAAUGUCUUCAGCAUCCAUGAGAAAAGCCUCAGAAUCUUCUGGACCUCAACAAGGGACAGGGGUUUCUUCUUGGUAUCCAAGUACUAAUGUUUCGAGAAGGGGAACAAUGCAGCAGCAGCUUAGCUCUCAGAAUUUAUCUUCCUCUAUUGCUUCAUUCCAGGAAGCUCUCCAACGAGGCAGUAUCAUUUAUAUGGACUCAAAUGCAGGUCCAAAUUCCCAUUUGAUUGAACCAUUGCGAGAACUGCGUAUUACAUCAACCCAACCAGCAAUCAUGGCCAUGGGAACAGAGAUUGGAGGGACAACUGUGACUUCAAGGGCAGCUUUGGCACAGAUGCAUGCAUUUGGCUUCCCUGAGAUCCGAGCUGACAAUAAUGAGCUGGCAGUAGUGAUUGAUUCAGAUAACCUUCCAGGCAUUAAUCUGCAGUUGGAAGAAGCAGACCAUCUUCAGUGCAACGAAAUAAUUCUUCAAUUCCUGGCUUUCAGCAGGCUACCUCCAGAAAGUAAUCAUCCAAGAUCAGUCUACUUCACCUUUCAGUUUUAUCGCUUUCCACCAGUAACAACACAGCAGCUGCAGCUCAUGAAGAUGAAAGGAAAGGGAUCAUCAAACUCCAUGCCAUUCAUCCUUGUACCCUUAAGUAAAAAUGGGAUUGGUAAUAUCGAUACUCCAGGUUUGGAGAUGAAGUUUAUGGUGGAGCCAAGUCUUCUGAGGGAUGGUGAACAUUUGUGGUUUAUUCAGUACUUGGCAAUGCAGACAUUGCAGAUUGAUGUUUGGGAUGCAGAAUCCUUACUUCUGAUUGGCACUGCUUCUGUAGACCUGAAGUAUUUGCUACGUCAUGGUCUCGCUGCAGUCCAGGUGUCUCAUGAGCUGGAUGUCGUAAGUACAGACUAUGCCCCAGAUGUACCAAUGUCCCUGUCUGAUUUUACAAACCACGGUGCUGUUAAGCCUUACGGAGUGACAACAGUAACAAAAGGAAAACUACAUCUGCGCCUUGGAAAUGUUGGUCACCAGAGUAAGCCAAGAGAGAAGAGUUCCUUGCCUUUCCUUCAGUCGAAAGUCAUUUCUGCCCAUAAUGCGAUCAGUGGGUUUUCUGGAGGGAGUUUGUAUACUGUGAAUGUGAAAAGACUAACUGCUAACAAUACACACAGAGCACAGCGUUUGGUGGACCAGGAUAGUGAGCUGGCCUCAGUCCUUUUUUCAAGAGCAAGAAUUGAUAGUUAUGGGCAGAAGCAAUUGGACAGUGAGGCAGAGGUUAUUCGCAGAAGGAAGCUGAACCGGAUGAUGUCUGUUCGACGGCUUGAGUCUGGCACGCAUCUUCAGUCAAAGAGCCAUAGUUUGGCAAAGCGAGAAGAACGGAUUCAGCAUGAACGAGACCUACUGCUCAUAGAGGCGUAUCGUGAGCAAACUAAAGCAGAGGCGAUCAGCAAGAUGUUAUCUCAGGCCAUUACCACCCAGUUCACAUUGUACUCCACACUUGGGAAUGCAGAGUUUUUUGAAUUUACUCUGAAAAAUCCUUACAAUGUUCAACACACUGUAACAAUUGAAUGUGAACAUCCAGAACUCAGUGUCAUUGUGAAUAGCAGAGAAUGGAAGUACUUCAAGAACCUCAGCAAAGUAUUGACCCCAUUGGAAGAGGACAUGUUCCAUGUUGACGGAGGUGUGCAGUACCCAAAAAUCUACCUGCGACCCAAAGAGACUGUGUAUAUUCCAUUUAAAUUUCAAACCUUCAGUGCUGACCAUUCUGUUCCCCCACAGGGUCCAGAUAAUGGGGGUUUUUCUAGAAAGAAUCUGAUUAAUCAGGAUAAGUCCAGCACAACCAAGACAAUCCAAGUUUAUUUUAAGAUAGAAAACCAGAAGCCAAUUGCCAUCCUAUAUGUAAAUGUUGAAGCUCAGCCAUAUGUAAUUGAUCAGACGUUCCGCUUGUACCAUCCUGAACUAACAUUUCUGAAGAAGUCUAUCCGCCUUCCUCCACUGCAUAUACUGAAAGGUAUGAAAGUGCACACAUCACCUGUGGAGUUUCAAAUCCAUGUCCGCUGCAGCGAUUUAAAUGUCAUUUGCGAAUCAAAGAAAAUGGCUCCCAAUGAACCCCAAGAUAUUUUCUUGAAAGUGGCAUGUGGACCUAGCCCAGAGAUCAAGAAGUUCUAUGUCAUGAUUUACAUGGAUCCAUGGCUGGCUGUGCCAAUCCAGAUAUGGCAGUUCUACGUCCAGUCUCUCCACCGGAUAGAUGUCAACUGUGUGGUUGGCCAGCGGACCCAGUUAUCACUGGUGUUGCGAGGGACACAAUCUGCUCGAAAUGUGGCUGCCUACACCUCAAAUACUGAAGAGCUUGAGGUUAUGCCAUCAGAUGUCUUCCUACUUCCACCACACGUGGUAAAGGAUCUGCACAUUACCAUCCGGCCUCAGAUGGAAGGAAAUAGGUGCAUCUAUCUGAAUGUGGUGGAUGUAGAUUUCCGUCAAUUGGUGGCAUCUUGGCUUAUAUUUUUAAUAUGUAAACAACCUGCCAUCUGUAAGGCUUUUGAGAUCUCUAUACCCUUGGAAGACGGGAAAGGUAGCAACAAGCGCAUCAAUUAUACCAAUCCAUACCCAACUAAGCGAGUGUAUUUCCUGCGAACCAAUCGUCCUGAUUUACUUCAGUUCAAAGAAGAUUCUUUUGAGAUUGAAGGUGGUGAAACCUACCACAUUGGCCUACGGUUUGCACCAGGCUGGAAUUCCGGUGAGGAGGAAAUCCUGAUUUUCAUUAAUGACCAAGCUGAAAAAAAUGAAGAAACUUAUUGUGUGAAAGUAACGUACCAAUAGAAUCUAUUUGAAUGCUUGAGGCAACAGAUGUUUUACAUCACUCCACUUUAGAAGAGAUACAACCUUCUUCCUCAGCUGCUGAAGUUCAUGACCACGUGCCAGACUGUCAGUGGAAUCUCUGGGACAAGUUCUAUCUACUGCAGCAGAAUAACAUUUCAGCUCCAUUUUAAACUCCUGUAUAAGUGCCUGCUGCAUGUCUGCUUCAGACUGCAUAAAAUGAUUGCUAUAUCAUGGGAUUGAAUCACUCAUCUUACACCAUAGUUUCCAAUUCUAGAUCAAUACUGUUUUGUCCAAGUUCAAGUCACAUAUAGUUAUGAUAGCAGAAAAAUAUAGCCCAAGUCCCCAAGUUGCAUAGCCUAUAGAUUGAUGGUGCAUGGGAUGUUGCCCUGCAGCUACUCUUUUGCAAGAACAAGCACACAGCACUUCUUUAUCAAGUGCUCGGACAACCGCAGAUGAAUUCAAUGUGGCUUGUUUUCUACCAAGUGAAUACUGAAGGGCAGCACCAACAGGAUGGACCAGCCCCCAAACCAGCACAGACUCCAGUGCUUCUUCAAGGGUCUCUGCUGUCUCCCACACCACCUCUGGCAUCUCUUCUGCUGAGCAUGUGCAGCAGUUGACACCAUGGCAAGAGGGCCUUGUCUGCACUUAACCGAGGCAACACAACUCCCCAGCCUCGGUUUCACCAAUGAAUCAGUGAACAGGAAUUGCAGCAUUCUACAUUACUAAUGUCCAACAGGGUUUUCCAAUCACAAUAAAAAUAUUCAAGUCAAUUAUUUGCACCGCUAGUUGUGCAACACCUUUGCACAACAAGUUUACGCAACAAAUCCAGGCGAAUACAAGGUACGCAAGUUCAGCUCCAUCGCUAUUCAGCAACUUGUUAGUGUGGUAGACCUGUAGUAUCUUUAUAUUCAACAGUGUCUAGCGAUUGUAUAAAAGAUGUAAAGGACAAACAAUUAUGCCUUGUUGCCAAAAUGUAACUCUUGCCCCGAAUGUGGUUCCAGGUAUGGAAAGUACAUGAGUUUCAUUUAAGUUUCACUCAUAAAUGAAUCGUCGUUUUGUUUCCAUAAUAUCACCCACGAUUGACAAACCAGAUUCCCAAUACUGCUGAAAGCCAUACCUUUAUUUUCAUUAACUCAAACUCCUGGUUCAGCAGACUCCUCACCAAUCCUGGACAAUCUCCAAUUCAUCCUGGUAGCAUCUGCCCACUUCUUUUGUUAUCUCCUUCUCACUCAGCAGUGGUCUUCUUCAACACCUAUUGGCUACUAAUUCAAUUCAAACCAGAAUUAACACUUGACAUCCUUUACUAUGGUCUUACAUCACUUAAAAUCCCUGCUACCUCAGUGACGUACCAUUAACUUUCAUGUAUGUCUUCGUCUGAUAUUAUUUCUAGUUAGAAUUUAUUCAUUAUAAGUGCUUUCACCUUGUUUCUUCUGAAGCUCUCAAUUACUAUACCUGUUUUUAUCUGGUUUUGUUGCUCCCUUUGCUGUUGUCCUUUGUGACUCAGCUGCUAGUAUUCGACUGCAUUAAAUAUGCUGUACAAGCAGUCCACUGGCAAAAGGAACAUCAACAACACUUUACCUCAUGUCCUUCAAGUGGAGGAAGCACCUUGCAGAGAAUGUCCCUCCUCCUUACAGUGUGCUCCUCAACUCACCCCCUUCAACUCUUAAGUAAAGCCUCCAAAUGGUCUUAGCACCCUUCUGCCUAGUGUGCUGGUCUCACCUAAACACAGCUGCUUCUACUGGCCCUUACCCCUCCCUCACAACACAGUGACUUGCUGCUUGACCUAUUCCACUCACCCUUAAAGUUCUCCAUUCAGCCCCCGACCACUGAACAGUUGCUCCUACAAAUCCUCAAACUUCCCACUGUGUGUUCCUAAUGCUACGUACCUCACAUAUAAUAUUCUGAGAACAUCUUUGUGUAUCUGUGAUCUGAUUCUACAGAACUCGGCAAAGAGGAUGGUAACAGAGAUUUUCAUUUUACCUCCUUCAUUCUUUCAAAUGCAGUGACAGCUAAGAAAUAAGAUCUAAAGAAAUCAGCCAUUUGAUAGUUGAAAGUUAGCUGAUGUUAUCAGGAAAAAUGAGAACUUGUAUCAAGGUCUUUAUUGAGGUGCUGCUAAAACAAUGACAGCUCAAAUGGCCUGGAACAUCAGAAUGUAUAAGAAACAUGCAGUUCUUAUAAAAAAAUCAAGUGACAUAUUCAUUCUGGUUUUAUAGUGUAUAUUUGCAGGUGAUAUCUGCACUGACAGUAAAAAAAAAAGAGAGGAUCUGCAGAGUUCUAGGAAGUUUUCUCUCAAAAUAUUCAGAUAUGACCCAAGUGCAAAAAGAGAGAGAGACAGACAGACAGACACUGAAGCAGGUCAACAGUUCCCUGAAUUUAAUGAAAACUAUUGCAGAAUUUAAAGGAAAAGAAAAACAAUAAACACUAAGCCAACAGGACUAUUAACUAAAGCACCCAGACAAAGUUAAUGCCAACACUGUGGCUAGUUCUGAGUGUAAGCAGGACAGGCAACAAUGAAGUCGUGGACAUCUGGGACAUAGACGGCCACCAAAAUGAACUCUUGAUAAACUCCCGGGUCCCAUUGAAUUCCUGGAUGGGCAAGCAGAUGAGAGGAGUGACUCAAUUUCAACACUCUGGGGUUCAGUGUAUUAGGGACAAACAGCUGGUUCGGAUGUCCCCUUCUGGGCCUGGAUCCAAUUGUUGGGUGACCCUCACCUCCGCCUCUUCCCCAAAUUACCAGAGCAGCAAUGCAUGUGUAAGGAAUGACGGACCCUGGACUGACGUUGUUCUCUGACACGUUGAACUGCUAGGUGAGAGCGUUGUAUUCUUGCUACCAGGACAGUAGGUGAGGAUAUAAUUAAACCAGGUGAAGAAGAGAGCCCAAUGGGCUUGACAGGAAUUGAGUUUCUUAGUGUUCCAAAUGUAGGAGAGGUUCUUGUUAUCUGUCCAAAUCAAAACUGGAUGUUCUGCCACUCCAGCCAGUGUUGUCAUUCUUCCAGGGCCUCCUUGACAGACAGAAGUUCUCUAUUCCUGACAUAGUAGUUACCCUUGGCCAGAUUCAAGUGACGGGAAAGAAAGGCACAGCAGUCCAACCGGCUAUAGCAGAAGAUUGCAGAGAGUACAGCUCGACAAUGAAUGGCCUCAAUAGGUCUGGUUUUGCAUCACUGGGGCAGUGCUGAAGUAUCACUUCAGUUCUGAGAAUGCUUGGUCUGCUUCAUUUGUCCAUUGGAAUCCUGCAGAUGUCUUCCUGGUGAGUGCAUUUAUGGGGACUGCAAGAGAGCUGAAAUUUUGGAUGAAACAGCGACAAAAAUUCGCAAAUCCCAUGAACUUACUUGAUCAUAGAUGGCUCCAUGACCACCUGAUCUUUAUUUGGGUCCAUUUGAACACUGAAUGUAUAUUGGCCAAAAAUGACACCUGGUCUUUAUGCAGUUCUCUGGCUUGGUGUAAAGGUAAUUCUCAAGUUGUCUGAGAACCCUCUGGACAUGCUGGCCAUGUUCCUCGUGAGAGCAGGAAUAGAUCAGAAUGUCAUCCAAAUACAUGGAAGUGAACUGAUUCAACAUGUCCCUAAGCACAUCGUUGAUGAAGGCCUGAGAAAGAGCAGGGGUGUUGACUACACUAAAGGGCAUGAUGAUGUACUUACAGUUGCCAGUGGAGAUGUUGAAAGCUGUCUUCCACUCGUCUCCUUCUCUGAUACCAACAAGGUUAUAAGCAUUGUGCAGAUCUAUCUCAGAAAAUAUGAUUGUUCCCUGGAGAUGUUUGAAUGCAGAGGUAAGCAGAGGAAGAGGGUAGCAUUGCUUAGAGGCCAACAAUCAAUGCAGAGACAGAGCUUAUCAGCCUUUAUGCUCACAACAAAAGAAACCCACCCCUGCUGGCAAGGUUGACGGAUGGAUAAACCCCAAGGCCAAUGCCUCCUUGAUAUAUCUCUUCCAUGGCUAUUGUUUCUGGAUGAGGGAAAAGAGCUGGCCCCAGGCAAGAGGUCAGUGGUGCAGUCGUAUAGUUGGUGUGGAGGCAAGGAAGUAGACUUCUUUUUACUGAAGACCUCAAGAAGACCAGAGUAUUCAGUCAGAAUGCCAGACAGGUCCACACCAGUAGUUGACACAGGAAGGGAUUCGCGGUCUGGUGGUUGAGCUGGACCCAGACAGGUAGCCAGGUUUACCAUUCCCCACUCUUGGAGUGCUUUUAGGGAUAUCCUGGGUUAUGUCAGGAUAACCAGGGGAGACUGAGCGCUAGCAGCAGUUCAGGUGAAUCAAAAAGAUAGAAGCAGAGUUGUUCCCUAUGGUUGCCUUCAAGUACAAGUUGGAGGGAUUUGGUGGAAAGGUGGAUCUUCCUGGUGCCCAGAGUCAACCAUCCAGGGCUUUGACUUCAAUAUUUUCUCUCAAUCUCUGAGUCAAAACUCCCCACUUUUGAUCCAAUGAAUUGUCCAAGAUAUUUCUGGCUGCCUUGGAGUCGAUAAACGCCUGAAGUUCAUGAGUCUGAAAACCCCACAGUAAGAAAACUGGGAAGAUCACACAGUUAGAGGAAGCUGAUUGCACAGAGAACUAACUCAUUAGAACUCCCCUCCCUGCUGAUGGGUAUCCUCUUUUACUGGAUGUUUGGGACAUGAUGCACAGAAAUGUCUUGGAUCACCACAAUAUAGGCAGGAACCUGUUCUGCUCUGAUCUUGUUCCUCUUGAGAUGGUACCCUGCACCCUACUUGCAUUGGCUCCUCUUUCAGCUGAGUACUGGGCAAUGACAGGUGAUGAUCCGAAAAGUAGCAAACGUGAGACAUACUUUCCCUUUGGCACUCAGUUGCCAGGUCAUCACUUCAAAUGGCCAGAUUAAUGAGGUCAUCCAGACUGUCCUGUUCAACAUGGACAGCAAUCUUGUGCUGGACCCUUGUGUUCAGUCUGCACUGGAAGGCAGUGAGGAGGGAUCUUUUGUGCCAUUCUCGUGCAAGCAUGCAGAAUUUUACUGCAUAGUCCCUCACUGUCCUCCUACAUUAGCUCAACCUCCUGACCCUAUACUAGAAGGUCAAAAACUCUCCUUAAAUUGGCAAUAAGAUAUUGAAAUGAUGGGGCUGGUGGGUACUUUUGCUCCCUUAGAGCAUUGAAUAGACUGAGUGGAGGUCCAUCCAGGAGAUUUACCAUGUAUGCCAGUUUAUGUGCAGCAUCACCAAACUGAUUAGUCCAGGCUCAGAAAGUCAGUUGACACUGGGUAAUGAAUCUCCUGCAACUAUCAGGGUUGCCAGAGUACUUGCCCGGUGUAGGAAUACUCAGUUCUGGUACAGACGUAGGAGUUGGUUUUGGACCAGACGUGGAAGUCGGGGCUUUGGUGGCUGAGAUUUGCUGUCAAAACAUUUGGAUAUGGCCAAGUGUGGAGAGAGAGAGAGACACUGAAGUGGGUCACCAAUUCGCUGACUUUAAUGAGAGCUGUUGCAGAACUUGAAGAAAAAAAACAAACCCUAGACCAACAGGGCCAUUAACUAAAACUCUCAAAUUGGAAGUUAAUGCCAACACUGUGGUUCGACAUAAUAACCUAUUAUAAAUAAAUACUGCUUCUUGGCAGCAUGAGUACCAAUAGUAGUCUACUUUCCCAGACAAGAGUGAGGGUAAGCAGGGAGCAUAAAUAUCGAUGUGCUUUUAGGCAAGUCUGGACAAGACUAGAACAAAAGGGAGGGAGUUAAAUAUCACUAUAAUGGAAAACUAAGUAGCUGGAAGGUGCAAACUCUUGAGUGUGAUUGUUGAGCCUGCGGUGUAGCCCGCCUCUGCGGGCGCGUAGUACUGUGGACCCUGCAGCAGAGUCUGCUUGUGACAUUUUUAGGGUGUGGGUUGGGAGGUGUUGCUAUUACAUUAAGUUAGCAGAUGUUCAAUGAGCUGAAAAUUCUCCUUCUUGCUUUAACCUUCCUGUGAUUCUGCAACAGGCACGUGUAUGCUGAAAUGUAAUGUCUGUAUUGACUUCAUUCACAUUGACAGACAUUUCAAAUCUUAGAAAUAGUGACCAUUUUCCUACUACCGGGCAAUGCCCAUACUGGCGGGUAGCAAGCAGUCUCUGUAUUAACAGGUUAGAAUCCCCAUUGGCAAUCAUUCUCCACAAUAACAGUCAGUAAUUUUAUUUGGCAGGCAGUCUCUAUCAAGCCAGUGCUUACACUUCAGGUAAACUUUUACUAAUAAGCAGUGCCCAUGGUGACAGGUAGGCUUUCUAUUAAUAAGCAAAUGUCCACACCUCAGGUAGCCUCUUUAUUUAUAGGCAGUGCCCACACUGAUUGAUUGUAUCCACUGUGACAAGUAGUGUCUCUAUUGGCAUACUGACAGAUACUACUCCUAUUGAUAAAUGUUAUACAUAUUGAAACCUGGUGUCCAUAUUAACAAGAUGCCUCCAAAGUGACAGAACUAACAGGCAUCAUCAGAACUGGUGUAAAAUUCAUCAGAUGUUGAAUCCAAAGUAUGUUUAUGAAAAAGUAUAUAUUUUUGUGUGGAGGAAGAUAUUCAACUCUUAAACAUUUAUUUUUAACAUUCUGCCUGUGAUUGUUUUCUAAAAGUUAUAAUUAUUUCACUUCCAAAGUGCUACUGGCAUGAGAGUGAUAUACGAACUCCUGUGGCAUCUUGUAGCCUGUGAAACUGCACAAAUGAUUUCCCCUUUUUGUCUUGAAAAAUCUACAAAAUUUAUUUUUAAAGAGAGAAUGUGCAAAUUUACUAAAAACAUCUGGGUUGUAUACUGCUUUUUACACUGUCAUUUGUAUUAAUUUAUUCCUUUUAUAUUUGCAUAUUUUGUUAUUAAUUAACAAUAUAAAAUUGCUUUACAG